GCUACCACCCCAUUCUCAAAAUUCAGAUUCAAAUGCAACAACUACUACUAUGAAGAUCCAUCUUAUCCAUCGAUGCCCGUCAAACUUGAUGCACAGACCGAAAGAAUGCAUGUAGUAAUUUUCAUGAUCGAAGACCAUACUUUUCUUCUCCUGCUAAGACCUUCCAAUAUAAAUACAUGCAAAAGAGUGUGCAACCUUACUUUCAUCCAACAACACAUACAAUACCUAAGAUCUUGAUUGGAACAGAGAUCUGUAGUUGGCAUACAUCUGUUCCAAUUCCGUUUUCCUUCCUGUAAUUUUCAUACAAGACUAGAGCAGUAAUGGAGAUCCAGCUGCCCGUCAGCUUCACUACUCUCCUGCUUUUUUCAUCUUUCAUCUUCUUACUAAUCAGAGCAUGGAUGAAGCCCAAGUCCCCAAGAAAAUACGAGAAACUGCCUCCAAGCCCGCCGCAGCUGCCGGUGAUUGGGCACCUUCACCACUUGGUGGGCGGGCUGCCACACCACGCACUCAGGAGAGUUGCCCAAAAGUAUGGUCCCGUCUUGUAUCUGAAGCUUGGAGAAGUUUCAGCAGUCGUAAUUUCAUCGCGGGAGGCCACCAAGGAGGUGGUCAAAGUUCAGGACCCUGCCUGCGCUGAUAGACCCGAAAGCAUCGGCAGUAAGAUCAUGUGGUAUGAUUACACUGACAUUGCCUUCAGUGCCUACAACGAGUACUGGAGGCAAAUGCGUAAGAUAUGCAUAUUGGAGCUUCUCAGCGCUAAGAAUGUCAAAUCUUUCGGGUCCAUUAGGCAGGAUGAGGUGUCCCGUCUUAUGAAAUCUCUUCAGUCUUCUUCUGGACAAGCCAUCAAUCUGACGGAAAAGGUGUUUGCGUUCACGAGUUCCAUCACUUGCAGGGCGGCGUUUGGUAAAGUGAUGAGGGAUCGCGACGUGUUGAUAGCCAUGUUAAAGAAGGCGGUUACCAUGGCCGGGGGAUUUGAGUUGGCUGAUCUGUUUCCCUCUUCCAAGUUGCUGCAUGUUCUCAGUUGGAACAAAUACAAGCUGUUGCGGAUGCGGAGGAAGCUUGAUACAAUUCUUGAUGCCAUCUUGGAGGAGCAUAAACUGAAGCAGAGUGGAGAGUUUGGUGGUGAAGACAUUGUCGAUGUUCUUCUCAGGAUGCAGAAAACUGGAGAACUCCAAUUUCCCAUCACUAAUGACAACGUUAAAGCCGUCAUUUUUGACAUGUUCUCUGCCGGAACUGAAACAUCAUCAACUACCAUCGACUGGGCCAUGGCAGAACUAAUGAGAAACCCCCGGGUGAUGGCAAAAGUACAAGCAGAAGUAAGAGAAGCCUUUAAGGGAAAGACGACGGUGGAAGAGAGCGACGUGCAGGCUCUCAAAUACCUGAAAUUGGUGAUCAAAGAAACAUUCAGGCUGCACCCUCCAAUCCCAUUGCUCCCAAGAGCAUGCAGAGAUGAAUGCAAAGUUAAUGGGUACACAAUUCCUCUCAAAUCCAAAGUCAUGAUUAACAUCUGGGCCAUGGGAAGGGAUCCCGCAUAUUGGGACCAACCCGACACCUUCCAACCCGAAAGAUUCGACAACAAUUCCAUUGAUUUCUUGGGGAAUAACUUCGAAUACAUUCCAUUCGGGGCAGGAAGAAGGAUUUGCCCGGGUAUGAAUUUCGGGUUGGCAAACGUGGAGCUUCCAUUGGCACAACUUCUCUACCACUUCGACUGGAAGAUGCCGAAAGGAAUGACUCCAGAUGACAUAGAUAUGACGGAGGCUGAAGGAAUUGCGGUCUCAAGAAGGAAUGCUCUUCUCUUGGUUCCCACAAUUUACAGUGCUUCCAAUUGACAACUCACGACUCUUCACUGCCUCGAGACGACGCCUCCUAAAAUAAAAUAAAAUAAUUACUGUUAAAAAUUAUGAGUUCUAUUGUUUAAUAUGGUAAGCGUCAAUUUUUCUUUUUCUUUUUGCCAUAAAUAUGUACUCUUUCAUCCUGUAACUAUGUAUAGCGUUUUGGCCUUAAUAAUGGUAAUUUGGUCAACUAUCAACACAGUUCAAUUGUUCUUGGUCUAUCUUGUUUUAACACAUGCCGGACCUGUAUUGUAUGCCACCAAUACGCGCAUAAAUUGAUAUAUUUUGUUCCAGGAUUUUUUUUAA